GUGAAGGUUUAUGGCUGAAGCGUUCGAGUUUUGGACAGUUGAAAGUCGAACUUAGUGGCAGCCACAAACUUUGGUAUGUUUAUUUACCAAAGACAAUGUUGAUGUUUUGGUGUAUUUUGUGCCGGUUGUGCGAUGUUGAGGUUAUAAAUUGCAUGUUGGUAAAAUUAUUCUGAGUUCGAUUAGUUUUGCAAACCACUAUGGCUGCAGUCAUUUUUAGAUUGCGCACUGCCUUGAAAAGAAUAGAAGAAGUAUUUCUUCAAAUGUUUAUGGGUCAGAACUUCCCCCAUGGUAACUACGCUCUAGCAUACGCUGGAAAUGUAAUUCCAACGCCGUCAACAAGUGCCUUUUCGUUAGAAAGUAUUGUGGGUGACGGAUUUUUGUGGGCUGUUCCACGAAAUAGGCGCACGAUCGAAAGGAGGCUAAAGAGAAAGUAUGGCAAUCCCGAAUACCAUCUCAAGAUUCUCAAGCCAAAGAAGCAUUUACUAACAUGUAACACAUGUGGCAAUUCUUACGAAGCAAGAAAUCUGUGUCCCCAUUGCUAUGAGAAAGUGAAGCUGGAAACGGAAGCGAUGCAAGAACAAAUUCAAAAAGAACUAGGUUUGAAUCCUGUUGAACAAGAAGUGGUAGUCGUCUAUGAGGGUGAGAAGCAAGAACAGUCGGAUGAAUUUUGGAAGGGGAAGCGAAUAGUAGAGAUGAAGAGGGAACGCCCACCGUGGUUCAGCAAAAAUCUUCUGCAGCGUUCCACUGAGGAACCGACAUCUGUUCCAGGAGACAUGAAGCCGAAAGAGUUGGCAUGAGCACACUGGCAACUUGUGCAUUGUUGUUAUACCAGGUGGUGACAGUGGAUAUUGUUGCAAACAGCAAGCUAAAUAAGCAUACGGUAAUGCUUGAGGUUGCCCAUACGGACUGAAUCCAGACUGUUGACCACGGAGUGUAGAUAGCAUUGGUGUUUGUUGUGUUUUACGAUGAGCAAUGUUUGUUGUAACUGUCUUCUCACUUGUACCCAAAAUUGUAUCAAUGCUUGAAGUUUGUACUGAAGCAUAGUAUUUGCAUAAUAACUUUGGAUAACAUAACUUGUAAAGUGAGAAAUAUGAUUGAUACAGU